AUGAAUACUCCCUCAACAGCUUCGGACUCAUCGAGUGACUUUAUCAACGAUUUCAGUACCAAUGGCCUCACAACGAACUUGAUUUUUUUCAGCAAUGAAUUUCCCAAUGAUGACCUUAAAGAUUUAUUUCGUCGUCUCCACAGGCAUAGUAAGGACAAGCGGUUCACGUUGCUGGCCACGUUCCUGGAAAACUGCGCCCGGGUCCUAAGAGAAGAGACCAGCCGCUUACCGCAGCACCUGAGAGAACUCAUUCCUCCGUUCGAGGACUUAUUCACAUUGGUAGAUGGUGGGCAAUUUCACCUCGGUCCAUUAGGAGCGUCAAUGGAAAGCGCCUUUCUUUGUGCCCUUCAAGUUGCGAUGAUCAUUGGUCACUAUGAAGGCCAAAACAUUGAGUAUGAUCUCACCGCCGAGAAUACUGUCUUGGCUGGUUUGAGUAUAGGACUUCUUGCUGGUGCUGCUGUUUCGCUCUCGAGGACUCUCUGUGACCUCACAAGCACAGGUGCGGAGAGUGUUCGAGUUGCUUUCCGUCUUGGAGUCUAUAUCGAUGACAUCUCCCGGAAGAUUGAAGCUCGGGAUCCUGCUGCGCCUCCGCAGAGCUGGGCCUAUGUUGUAACUGGGCUGUCUGAAAAGGAUGUUCAACAAGAGAUUGACAAGUACAACGCCGACACUUGCAACACCGAACUUACAAAGAUCUUCAUUAGCGCUGCGGAUAAGAUCUCCAUCAGUGUCAGUGGACCACCUUCUCGCAUGAAGGAUAUUUUCUUGCGUUCGCAGAAGCUUCGGCAUUCCAAGUAUCUACCUCUUCCAGUGUACGAAGGCUUGUGCCAUGCUCCUCAUUUGUACAAUAAGGAGACCAUCUGUGAUGUUAUCAGCAAGCCCGAUCCACAGAUCCUCCGCAACAAGCGGGUUCAGAUUCCGCUGAUCUCCUCGGAAACAGGCAAGCCUUACAAUUCACUGCUAUCCGGCUUCCUUUAUGAAGAAAUCUGCACAGAGCUUCUCACCGGUUCUAUAUACGUGGACAAAGUUACUGCUGGUAUCGUUGAUGGCAUCUCCAAGUUUCAUUCACCCAGCUGCCAGGUGAACUUUUUUCGCACGACCCUUGUCUUCAAGGGAAUCAUCUCCGCCAUCGAAACAGAACUCCCCCAGGUCAGCAUCAAGCGCCAGGAUUUGUUGGACUGGGUUCCUCUGUCCUUCGGGCCUCGUCAGCCACGUCAUUUCAAAGAUUCCAAAGUGGCAAUUGUUGGAAUGGCUUGUCGGAUGCCUGGAGGCGCAGAUGACAACGAAUUGUUCUGGAAGAUAAUGGAGGACAGACGGGACACACACACGCGUGUGCCUGCUGAUCGAUUUGAUCUCGACACUCAUUAUGACCCCAGUGGAAAGACCGAGAACGCAACACAAACGCCAUUUGGUAGUUUUAUUGAUCGCCCUGGUCUAUUUGACGCUGGAUUUUUCAACAUGUCUCCCAAAGAGGCUGAGCAGACCUGUCCGAUGCAGCGCCUUGCAUUGGUCACUGCCUACGAGGCUUUGGAAAUGGCUGGACAUGUGCCGAACCGUACCUCCUCCUCAAAUAGCAAACGGGUUGGGGCAUUCUACGGACAGGCAAGUGACGAUUGGCGUGAACUCAAUGCCAGUCAGAACCUUGGAACCUAUGCCGUUCCAGGUGGUGUACGUGCUUUUGCCAACGGUCGCAUCAACUACUUCUUCGGGUUCUCCGGUCCAAGCAUCAAUCUCGACACUGCCUGCUCAAGCGGCUUGGCUGCUGUUCAAGCUGGUUGCUCGGCACUUUGGGCUGGUGAAGCUGACACCAUCGUUGCUGGUGGUCUGAACGUGAUCACAGAUCCUGACAACUAUGCCGGGCUCUGCAACGCUCAUUUCUUAUCCAAGACCGGCCAGUGCAAGGUUUGGGAUGAGAACGCCGAUGGCUACUGUCGCGCUGAUGGCGUUGGCUCUGUCGUUCUCAAGCGACUUGAAGACGCCGAGGCCGAUAAUGACAACAUUCUGGGUGUUAUUCUCGCUGCAGCCACCAAUCAUUCAGCUGAAGCGAUCUCAAUCACCCACCCACAUGCCGGUGCCCAGAAGGACAACUAUAAUCAAGUCAUGCGAGCUGCCGCCGUCAAUCCUCUUGAUGUGAGUUUUAUUGAGUUGCAUGGAACUGGUACUCAAGCUGGCGACUCGGUUGAGUGCGAGUCGGUUUGCGAGGUAUUUGCCCCUGUAUCAUCGCGCCGUCGUAAUGAUCAAGCUCUUCUUCUUGGUGCUAUCAAAUCGAACAUUGGCCAUGGCGAAGCUGCUGCAGGUAUUGCAUCUUUGAUCAAGAUGCUCCUUGUUUACCAGAAGAACAUGAUUCCUCCUCACAUUGGCAUCAAGACCGAAAUGAAUCCCGUCCUUCGCAAGAUUCUGGAAAAGCGCAAUGUCGGGCUUGCCAUGGAAAUGACUCCAUAUCCAAGACGCAAAGGAAACAGCCGCUACGCUGUCGUCAACAGCUUUGGAGCCCACGGAGGCAACACCACUGUCCUUCUUGAGGAUUCGCCUGAACGCCAGGUUGUUGGCGUAGACCCUCGGUCUACUCAUGUCGUUGCAGUCUCUGCAAAGAGUAAGGGAUCUCUCAAAGGUAACAUCGAAGACCUAUUGUCGUAUAUUGAGAAGAAUCCGUCCACCAGCCUUGGUGAUCUCGCUUACACAACCUGUGCUCGACGCAUUCAGCAUAACUUCCGAGUUGCCACUGCUGUAUCUAGCCUUGACCAGCUUCGCCAGUCCCUCGAAAAGCAGGUGGACACCGUGUCUACGCUACGUCCGAUUCCACUUGAUGCUCCUUCGGUCGCAUUCACCUUUACUGGACAGGGGGCUUUCUAUGAAGGAAUCAGUGCUCAAUUAUUUGAGCACUUCCCUUACUACCGCAAUCAGGUCAUUCAGUUGGAUGACCUAGUGCAACGUUUUGGAUAUCCAUCCAUAGUUCCUGUAAUCAUGAACAGUAUUGAAAAGUCUGAUGUCUCUCCUCUUGUUACUCAGCUCAGUAUUCUCGUGGUCGAAAUUGCUUUGGCGAAGUUCUGGGCCUUUUUUGGGUAUUCACCCUACUGCUGUGAUUGGACACAGUCUGGCGCUUUAGUUGUCGCCGAAGUUAUCUCCGCAGCAGACGCGAUUCUGCUUGUUGGCCAGCGCGCUACCUAUACGAUGAGCAAGUGCGAGGCUGGAACACACCUCAUGCUCUCUGUCAUGGCUAGCUUAGAGGAAAUCCAGCAGGCUAUCGGGGAAGAUGGCAAUUACGAAGUCUCGUGUCAAAACGGUCGUUCUGACACAGUCAUCAGUGGUACUCGCGAUGACAUCGAAGAAAUUCGCCAUGAUCUAGAUGCCCGCGGUUUGAAGUGCACUCCACUUGACCUACCCUUUGCAUUCCACACCAAGCAGAUGGAUCCAAUGUUGGACCUCUUCGAGCAGACUGCCAAGAACAUCUCAUUCAAGGCUCCCAAUCUUCCUGUUAUCUCUCCUGCCUUGGGCGCAUGUGUGUUUGACGGGAAGACGAUCAAUGGAAACUACCUGCGUCGUACCACACGCGAGCCUGUGAACUUUAUCGGGGCUCUCGAUGCAGCUGAAGCAAUGGGCAUCAUUGAUCCUCAGACCAUCUGGAUUGAUAUUGGACCGCAUCCCAUCUGUGCCUCGUUUAUUGCCAAGCAUAUUUCUGGCGCAACGGCUUUGCCGACGCUGAAGAAGAACGAGGACAACUUCGCGACUAUUACCAAGACUCUUGCAUCCUUGCACACUCUUGGUGUGGAAGUUUGCUGGAAUGAGUACUACCGGCCUUAUGAGCAUGCGCAUACUUUACUCAAUCUCCCUCACUACCACUGGAAUGCGAAGGACUAUUGGAUUCAGUACAUCGGAACCUGGACACUUGACAAGGCCUUGUUGAAGUACGGUGAGACAAAAUCUAAAGACUUAUUCAACAUGCGCGGCAGCUCGGCACUCCAAACUUCCGCUGUGCAUCAGAUUACCCUGGAGGAGAUUGGGGAAACUGCCGGUCAGCUGAAGACUUUAUCCGAUGUGAUGCAUCCUGAUUUCCUCUCUUCGGUGAAAGGACACACAAUGAACAAGUGUGGCGUGGCCACUUCGUCUAUCUGGUGUGAUAUGGCAUAUACCGCUGGAGAAUAUCUCUUCAAGCGUAUGAAUCCUACUUGCAGGAAGGUGGACAUGAACCUGGCAAACAUGGAUGUUCUCCAUGCCACCAUUGCCAAGAAAGGCUCCAGUGGCUCUCAACUGAUCGCUCUCGAGUGCAAUCUGGAAAUGCCUUCCCGCACAAUGACUCUUGCAUGGUAUCACGUCCAUGAAAAUGGUACUCGUGACGAGGCUUCUUUCGCAACCGCCAAUAUCUUCUUCGAGGAGGCCGCAGACUGGCGCACUGAAUGGGACCGCAUCGCCCACCUCGUCAGCGGACGUAUCGAGGCUCUCGGUCAAAUGGCAAUCGCAGGAGAGUGUAACAGAAUCUCCAAGAACAUGGCCUACACUCUGUUCAAAAAUGUGGUUGAUUAUGCUGACAAGUAUCGCGGCAUGGACUCGGUCGUUUUGCACGAAUAUGAAGCCUAUGCUGAUAUUACCCUUGUUCCCGAGACACACGGCAACUGGCACAUUCCUCCUCAUUGGAUUGAUUCUGUCUCUCACUUGGCCGGUCUCAUUAUGAAUGCCAGUGAUGUCUCCAACACCAAGGACUUCUUCUACCUCACUCCUGGAUUUGGCAGUCUCCGCUUCAUUGAGCCCCUUUCACCCGAUGCAAAGUAUCGUAGUUACGUUCGCAUGUUUCCCACGAGUGAUGUCAACGUUCGUGCAGGAGAUCUUUACAUCUUCCGCGAUGACAUUAUUGUGGGCAUGCUGGGCCAGAUCAAGUUCAAGCGAGUCCCCCGUUUCCUGAUGGAACAGCUUUUCACUACCGGUGAAAAGGGUGCCUCUGUUCAUGCCCCCUCGAUGCCUCCUCAGCCAACACGCAUUACUCCUCCCGCUCCAGCUGCGCCUAUCAAGACGGAUGUUAUAGUACCGGCCCCGGCACAGGUAGUUGAGGUCAAGAUUACCGAGCCAGUGCAACAGGUAGUUGUCAAAGUAGAGGCCGAAACCGGUGUCAUUGGCGACGUUGUUAGCCUCAUUGCACGUGAGACAGGUCUCGAUGUCUCUGAGAUUACGGAUGAGACUACCUUUACGCAGAUUGGCGUUGACUCUUUGAUGUCGCUUGUUCUUGCUGAGAAGUUCAGAACCGAACUACAGCUCGAUGUUAGGAGCUCUUUGUUCCUCGACUGUCCUACAAUUGGUGAUUUGAAAGGAUUUAUGGAGCAAUACUGCUAA